AUGUACAGCCAACUAGUUUUUGGCUGCAGUGGUAUAGGAGGUAGGUUUGCCUUAAAUAAUUUACGAGGCUUCUUUUCUUUGAUGGCACAAAUCAUAUAAAAAGUUUAAAAAGAGUUAAAACUUUUGUUGCGAAACCUAGGCUGUCUUUCUGUGAAAGGAAGGUGGCUCUUAAAUUUGCAUUUAACGUCUAGCUACAGUAAUUUAAUUUAUUAUUAAAAUUUUUUAAAAAAUAUGUUUAAAGAUUUCAAUUAAGCCUAAAAGAGCUAUUUUAAAAAAUUAAUUUAAAAAAUUUUAAUUUUUAGGCAGUGAUGACAGCCGUAUAUAUACAAAUCCAUCUAUCACGUGGCAAAUGUCACCACCCGCCGCCUGGACCUAUCCAGUAUCGUAUGCCCAACAAACGGGUCAAUACUUUCCUCAACAACCUCUCACUCAACAAGAUGCUCAGACUCAAGCUCAAGGAGACAUUCAAGCAGCGGUAAGAGCGUUUGUGCUAUGUAAAGACUUAUCAAGAGUACUGUAAUACAAGAAAAUUUGUAGGUCCUCAGCGCUUUAUCAGAAAACAACAUCCCAACUCAAAGCGUUCGGGUAGUUGCCGGCUACACGCCCCAAGAAGUCAGCAAUUGUAUCACGAUUGCUGCGACUGGAGCCGGGACCAAUAUUCCGCAACAAACCGCAGCCAAUACUGAAUUCGGAUACGAGGAGUCCGGCGCCAUUACGCAGCUCAUCACUCCAACUGCUGCGAUUGCUGUGACAGCAUGCGCUCAGAGAAACUAUGGGACUUACACGAGCCGGGUCAACAUUGUUCAGGGCAGUGCGCAGGUAAGUAGGCUUAAUUUUGAAAUUUCAAAAAUUUAAAGUUUGUCAACCUUUUUGAAGUCGAUCAUAUUUUUGCUAAUUCGUACAGAGAAAAGUCUUACUACGAAAAAUUGUAGGUCAUAGUAAGAUAGGUAGUACUAAAGAAGAUUUUAAUAAGAAAGUCGUACUCAGAAAAAUUGUGCAGAGUCAUAAUAAAAAUAGUCAUUCUGAACAAAGUUGUACCAAGAAAGGUAGUACUAAGAAAAAUCGUACUAAGGAGAGGGAAAGAAGAUCAUACUAUUAUAAAUAAAUUUGUACUAAACAACUUUGCCGUUCCUGUCUAUAGUUGUUUUUCAGAUUGAAGGCAUAACUGUAAGUGGAUAUCAACUUCGUCUCCUUGUCGCAACAUUACAAUCAAACUUGAACUUUAAUUAUCAUGUACGCUUUCAGUCACCAAUUACAUAUAACUAA